AUGGAAUUUAAAAGUAACAAGAUAUUGGAGGAAGUGCACCCGUUAAACAUUAUCCGUGAGAUCCAGAAGUGGCCGGUGUUGUACUCCCGGGACGGCUCCGAGCGACCGAGGGCCGGGACACGCCGUAGGAGCGAGGUGUGGAGGGAGGUGGCCAGGAACCUGCUGCGGGACUGGGACCAGCUCGACCGACGGACACAGGAACUAAAACGUACAUACUACAUACUGAUAAGACGAGGAAGAGAGUUGUAUUUGAACAAAAAAUGGCGAAACCUCCGGGAUACGUUCAAGAGACAACUCGUUAUAGAGAAGAAAAUUAGAGAGGGACAGAAAAUAAAAAGAAAAACAUACGUUUACUUUAAACACAUGCUGUUCCUACUGCCUCAUAUAGAACCGGCCGACCACGACUCGGAGGUGAACCCUCGCCUGGAAGAGUUCUUUAACAAGAGAGACAGGAGGAGAGCUGCCAAAGACGCUCGUGGUUCAAGACACACUACACCCGGGACUCAUGAGAUGGAUGCUACGAGUACCCCUGCUGCUUCUAACUUCGUGGAUGUUCUGGAUGCAGACCGACACUUCCUUCUGUCUCUCAUACCCUCGUUCCAGACGAUGUCGGAAGACGACAAGCUCACGGCAAAAGUUGAAAUAUUAAAAGUUAUUAAAAAUAUUAAAAACAAAACACUGACAGAAGACGGCGCUCCCGAGGCUGACUCGCUGACCCUCGGAGGAGACGAGGAACACCUGGCGCGGGUCAAAACGGAGACGAGACAAGGAGGAGAGACGACCAGUGACGAAGACACAGAGGACACCAAGUACCAGGAGUGA